CACAUCAAAAGCUGCCGCAGUAUCCAGUGUCAUUCGUGCAAGACUUCUUUGACAGUCAAAAAUCAUGUAUUUUUUACAAUUUUUUAUACUGGCUACAAUCUGCCUGAACGUGUUGUCCACUGAGGAAUUCUGUUCCAUCGAGAGCGGCACAAGUUGUCGAGAGAACAGUAAAAAACCCAAGAUCUUAGAAGGUCCCCACGAAAAAUAUAAGGAUUACUUGAAGGCCAUCCAAGAUGCAGAGAGUAGUUACGAGGAGUGUGAAGCCAAGAACUGCGGCUGCUUCGAACAAAUUAUCAGCAAGGAUUUGCUACCAUUCAGGGAAAAAGGAAUCGAUGAGCUUCUGAUAGAAUUAUCAACAUCGAGGGGAAUAACAUACCAAAUGAUUGGAAAAAAAUUGUACAGAAGUAGAGAAUGUAUGUUCCCCUCGAGAUGCGCUGGAAUAGAGCACUUUCUCUUCAAAAUCAUGGGGAACCUCACUGAUACUGAAUUCGUCGUGAACACGAGAGAUUAUCCCCAGUCUAAUAAGUAUUUCGGAGCUUCACUGCCAAUAUUUUCUUUCAGUAAGACAUCUGAUUAUCACGACAUAAUGUAUCCUGCCUGGUCGUUCUGGGAAGGCGGUCCAGCGAUAGCCCUGUACCCUCGAGGUCUAGGGCGAUGGGAUCAGCAUCGAUCUUCACUGAAUAAAGCGAGCAAAUCGACUCCUUGGGAUCGAAAGGAGAAUAAAGCGUUUUUCAGAGGCUCCAGAACUAGUUCUGAAAGGGACAAUUUGGUGCUAUUGAGCAGAGAUAAUCCAGACUUGGUUGAUGCUCACUAUACGAAGAAUCAAGCCUGGAAAUCAGAUGAGGACACUCUGCACAGACCCCCAGCUCCAGAAGUAUCCCUGGAGGAUCACUGUAAAUACAAAUAUUUAUUCAACUAUCGAGGCGUCGCAGCUUCCUUCAGACACAAACAUUUAUUCUUAUGCAACUCUCUGGUAUUUCACGUUGGAGACGAGUGGUUGGAAUUUUAUUACGACGCCAUGAAACCCUGGAUUCACUACAUUCCAGUUCCCAAGGAUGCGAGUCAGCAGGAAUUAAAAAAAUUGAUCUCUUUCGCCAGAGACAACGACGAAAUAUCUAAAAAAAUAGCUCAACGAGGUAGAGACUUCGUCUGGAAGAAGUUACGAAUGUCAGACGUCACUUGUUACUGGAAGAGGCUCCUCCAGGAGUAUUCAAAACUGUUAAAACAUAAGCCAAGACUGAGGGAGGAGUUGAUAAAAUUAAAUAAAAAAUGAAGAGACUGA